UUAGGUUCUAGAAUGAGCCCCUGGAUUACAGCGAGCAACGCGGGCCGGUGGGUCGGACGCAGGGGAGGGAGACACAGCUAUUUAAAUGGAGUCUAUCCGGGGAGGGUGGUGGAUAAAUAACCCAGGAUCCACAGCGCUGAAUAACCACUCUGAACAUCGCUACAUCACAUCCCUCUCUCUCUAGCUUCUCACUGUUCAACUGUCUCCGUGUCUAGCUAUUGUUGUUUGUGAGUGGCAGAGAGCAGCGGUUAGGUUUUUUCGCUUGCCGCCAUAUCAGCUUCCUCAGAGGGGUCUCUCUCUGGUCUCUCCUCUCCUGGAUAUAUUUUCCUAUCAGACUGACAGGCAGCUUCCUCAGAGGGGUCUCUCUCUGGGCUCUCCUCUCCUGGAUAUAUUUUCCUAUCAGACUGACAGACAGCUUCCGUAGAACAGCUGCGGGUUCUCUUCAGCUACUGCGCGGGGCCGCUUCGGGGGAACUAUGGGGAAAGAUUAUUAUAAAAUCCUGGGGAUAGUGAAAGGAGCGGCUGAAGAGGACAUUAAAAAGGCAUACAAAAAGCAGGCUCUGAAAUGGCACCCGGACAAAAACAAGGCGGCCAACGCCGAGGAGAAAUUUAAGGAGAUCGCCGAGGCAUAUGAAGUCCUCAGUGAUCCGAAGAAAAGAGAGAUAUAUGAUCAGUAUGGAGAAGAAGGUCUCAAAGGAGGAGGCGGUGGCCCCGGCAGCGAUCCAGACGGACAGGGCAGCAACUUCACCUCCUACACGUUCCACGGUGACCCCCACGCCACCUUCGCCACCUUCUUCGGCGGCGCCAACCCCUUCGAGAUGUUCUUCGGCCGCAAGGCCAACGGGCGCGGCCCGGGCGGCGGGGACGACGAGGACAUGGAGGUGGACGGCAACGACCCGUUCGGUUCGUUCACCUCGUUUAAUCUCAACGGGUUCCCUCGGGACCGCCACGUGGGGAUUGGCGGGCAGCAGAGGAGGAAGCAGGACCCGGCCAUCCAUCACGAGCUGCGGGUAACACUGGAGGAAGUGUUUCAUGGUUGCACCAAGAGGAUGAAGAUCAGCAGGAAGAGGAUGAACCCAGACGGACGGACCAUGAGGACGGAGGAUAAGAUACUCACCAUAGAGAUUAAGAGAGGAUGGAAGGAAGGAACCAAGAUCACGUUCCCCAGAGAAGGGGACGAAUCGCCCAACACCAUCCCUGCUGAUAUCGUGUUCCUCAUCAAGGACAAGCCACACGCACAUUUUAGGAGGGAGGGGUCGGAUAUCGUGUACCCGGUGAAAGUUAGUCUACGGCAGUCGUUGUGUGGUUGCUCUGUGACGGUGUCUACGAUAGACGGGAAGACGUGCAACAUGAAGAUCACUGAUGUGAUAAAGCCAGGCAUGAAACAGACUGUAGCUGGACAGGGCCUUCCCUUCCCCAAGAACCCAGAGCAGAGAGGGGACCUGGUGGUGGAGUUUGACGUGAACUUUCCAGAGAACCUCCCCGCCAACGCCAAGGACGUCCUGAAGAGGCAUUUACCUGCAUCCUAGAAGAACAGACAGGGAUACGGAUACAGACAGACAGACAGACAGACAGAGAGACAGACAUCGGCACGGACACACACGCACACACAGACAGACACACAGACACACACCUGGACAACAGAAAGAAAGGGGUGACAUCAGCAUGCCAGCUCUCACGCUCUCACGCUCUCUCUCUCUCUCUCUCUCUCUCUCUCUCUCUCUCUCUCUCCU